UUGUUUACAAGAGUCUACAUGCAGCUGCCAUGCUCAAAGCUGUGAUGGUAUUUCUUGUGUGUCGCCACGGUGAUGCAAACCCCCCCUCUCGUCCUGCUGCCGCUGCUACAGCUGAAUGCAUUAGUCUAAUGAGCCGUCUGCAGCCCGAGCUCCUGGAAGCAACAGCACUGAGCCCUCGCGAGCCUGGGGAACUUAGCCACGCACAGACAGAGGUAGAGAGAAGAGAAGGUGGAGGAGGAGGAGGAGGAGCAGGAGGAGAAAGAGUGGCAGAACGGAGAGAGAACAGGGAAAGAGAGAGAGAGAGGCAGAACUAAAGACAGGAAGAAAAAUGUCUCUUACGGCAGCCCUCUGAAGGAAUCUGUCUUUGUGCUACAUCAGGCUCCACAGAGAAAAGCUUAGCAAGCCCAAGAGGAGAGAGGAGAUCCAGAGACCCGGGGAAUAAGGAUCAGCAGGAGUGUGUGUGAGUGAGUGCUGGCGCUGAUGAGCAGUCCUGCAGCCUCAGCACAGACAGCAGACAGCGGCAGCGAGAUGCAGUCGCCCCCGGCAACAUCCUCCUUCCUGCCGGCUCCGACAGGGAAGAUUCCGGGCCGGAAGAGGGGCAGACCCCCACUGCACCGCAACCUCACUAAGAUGGAUUUUCCCAACCACUACCCAGAUGUGCUCCCUCCUCUGAAAGUGCCCAAGAAAAGGGGAAGAAAACCAGGAUUCAAGUUGAAGCCCAGGAUGCUGAUGACUCCUCUGGCCAUCUCCCCGCCCAGCAGCACACCUGAGCCUGACAUGAGCUCCAUCCCCCAGGACGCUGCCACCGUCCCUCACUCCUCCACCGACCAGGAGCUCACAGUGUGCAUCUACAUAAACAAGCAGGCUCACGUGGGGCCUAACUUGGACCGGAAGAAGGUCCAGCAGCUGCCGGACCACUUUGGGCCGGACCGGCCGUCUGUGGUGCUUCAGCAGGCUGUGCAGGGCUGCAUUGACUGUGCCUUUCAGCAGAAGGCCGUCUUCACUCUGCUUACCCAGGGCUACGGAGGAGAGAAGAUCUCAGCCACCUUCGAUGGGAAGCAGCACCUGCUGAGCCUGCCGGUGGUGAACAGCGUGGGCUACGUGCUGCGCUUUCUUAAGAAGCUCUGCCGCAGCCUGCACUGUGAAAACCUCUUCAGCGACCAGCCCAUCACUCAGCACAAUGGGCCCUCUUACCAAACUGACACAAUGCCACUGUCUGGUGAGGCCCCCAUGCAGGACGACUACUUGUCUGAAGCCUCCGAGCUUCAGCGCUAUUCUGUUGACCCCAGCGACUCGGCCUUCAGCUGCAUGAACUCCCCCUAUCCGCCCAAGCACGUGUUCGGCAGCUUCCGCUCCUGCCAGCCACACCACGCACCCCCUGGCAGUGCCCACUGCGGGCACAGCACCAGCACCAGCAGCUUCCUGGAGGGGAACAGAGCAGACUCCCAGGAUCCUCCGAAGCGCCACCUCAGUAAGGACCCCUCCACCUGGAGUGUGGACGAUGUCAUCUGGUUCGUCAAGGAGGCUGAUGCCCAAGCUCUGGGACCACACAUAGACGUGUUCAGGAAGCAUGAGAUUGAUGGGAAUGCCUUGCUUCUACUGAAGAGUGACAUGAUCAUGAAGUACUUGGGCUUGAAGCUCGGGCCUGCCCUCAAGCUGUGCUACCACAUCGACAAACUGAAGCAGAGUCGCUUCUGAUCAGCUGACUGGGGACCCCCUUGGGGACUGCCCUUCUCACUCCCAACCAGGCCACAGGCAGCCCCAGUCCCUCUACACUCACGACAGUAGCCUGCCAGUUUCUCUCAUUAUGGUUAGUUUAAAAUUGUGGGCCACAAAGUAUAUCUAAACAACUUUGCAUAGGAGUAAUAAUCUGACACACCCAUGAACUAUGCAUAACAGGUCCUUAAUGAGCACAUACACCAGAUAUCAGUAAGAGGAGCCCACGGUGUAGCACUUCUCGAGUCAGCAUGCAGUUGUUGGCAGAAGCUUUGUGCGGUGUAAUUUUCAUAUGGUGACACUGACCAAGUGUCACCCUAAUUUUCUCUUUGUCAAGAUGGUGGUCUCACAAUAGCAUUGUAAUUCUGUGGACAUUCCUCAAUCUGUGUGCAAGGAGUGUGUAUGUGUGUGUGUGUGUGUGAGAGUAUUUUGUGUUAGCCUACUGUAUUAAGUGAGUGCAUUACUGGCAUUACUGGGGCUGGAUCAUUUCAGUAAUAGCUUGUUAUCACACUGGAUUGUUUUGAUCAGACCGAUGGGGUACUACUGCAACCAGCAUACAAUCAUCUCACUUAGACCUGAAGUGGACAUUCUCUCAGGUGCUAUGUGUGCAAUUCUCCAAACAUUUUCAGAGAAACAAUAUGCACAUAAAACACCUGAUCCGAAGAGGGGGAAAUGAUUAUAACAAAUGUGAUUUAAUGCCCUUUUUAUGUGCCUCUAGGGAAGCAACUUAUUUAAAUAAAUUACUAUGCAUGCCACAAUUAAAACAAAUUGACUACUUUGACCAGCAUAUAUGUACUGAUCGGCCACUGAUUUUGGACUUUUUUCAUCAUUCAAUUCAUCAUUCAAAUGUUCCACUGGAAUGAACCAAAAGGUUUGGUGAACUGACUCCAUUCAUUAAAAGAUAUAAUCUCUUAA